AUGACUACCACCGAGACCAACGGAUCUGAUGAGAUCGCCCUCUAUGACCGGCAAAUUCGACUAUGGGGCAUGAAAGCCCAAGAAAAGAUCCGCUCCGCCAACAUCCUUCUCAUCACCAUGAAAGCCCUCGCCAACGAGAUCGCCAAGAACCUCGUCCUGGCAGGCAUCGGCUCCCUGACCAUCAACGACCACGCCGUCGUCUCCGAAGCCGACCUGGGCGCGCAAUUCUUCCUGUCCGCCGAGGACGGCCACCUCGGCCAGAACCGCGCCGUUGCCGCCAGUGCCUCCCUCCAGCGUCUCAACCCGCGCGUCAAAGUCAUUGUCGACACGGACGACAUCCGAACCAAGCACUCGUCCUUCUACUCGUCGUUCGACAUCAUCAUCGCCACCGACCUCGACGCCGACACCCUCAACGUCAUCAACACCGCCACCCGCAUCCACGGCCGCAAGUUCUACGCCGCCGGCUCGCACGGUCUCUACGGCUUCCUCUUCGCCGACCUGAUCGAGCACGACUUCAUCAUUGAGCGCCAGCGCUCCAAUCUCUCCACCACCUUGGGUCCAGAGACCAAAACCCGCUCCAUCGUCUCCGUCGCGCCCAAAGAACCCGACAACAAGGACUCCCACAUCGAGCUCGUCACCAAACGCGAACUCUACUCCACCUGGCUCCUCGCCUCCUCCGACGCCUCCCACCUCCCCCAAGACAUCCUCUCCUCCCCGCGCCGCAAACGCGCCGUCACCCCUAUUCUCAGCUGCCUGCGUGCCCUCUGGCAGUUCACCUCUACGUUCGGCGUCCCGCCCACCGGGCCCGAACUCUUGACCAACCACACCGCUCUUGCGGCCUUUACGCAAAUGUGCAGCGACAAACACAAAGCCCUCGGCUUGCCCGCGGAGACGUUGCGGGCCGAGUUGUUGCGGUCGUUCUUGCAGAACGUGGGCGCUGAGCUGGCUCCCGUGGCGGCGGUGUUGGGCGGGCAGCUGGCGCAGGACGUGAUCAAUGUGCUGGGACAGACGCAGCAGCCUAUUCAGAACUUUGUGGUGUUUAGUGGGGAGAGCAUGGAGGCGAAUGUGUAUGCGUUACAUCCCCGCGAGGGAGAGCUGGGCAGGGGACUGUUGCCGGUGACGAUGGGGGUGAUUGAUGCUGCGGCGGAGGUGUUGGAGAAGGAAGGACAGACGACGGAUUUGAUGGGGUUGGGUGGACAGCAUCUUGGGGGCCAGCAGCAGCAGCAGCAGCCUUCGUCUCAGAUGGAGGGUGUUGAGCAACAGCAGCAGCAGCAACAGCAGCAGCAGCAGCAGCAGCAAGCUAAUGGUGUAUCGACUGCACAAUCCACGGGCGCUGGACAGCAGCAAGAGCACGAAGGUUCUGGUGCCGGUAACGCCUGA